AUGCCGGACGAAACUAGCCCGCUGCUGCCCGGCGGCGAUGCUUCCACCGCCGAAGAUCGCCGUCAGCAGCCCAAGGUCCGAAACUCUCGUCUUCGCGAGCUGUUCUUCUUCACAUGGGCCCUCUUGGCUACUGCUGGAUUUAUCAUCAUUGCUGUAUGGUUCCAACAUACCGAGCAGACCGUUCCUCCCGCUCAGCCAGAGUCGCCGCCCAGCAAGAGAAACCUUGUCUUUAUGGUCUCUGACGGCAUGGGCCCAGCCUCUCUAGCUCUCACCCGCAACUACCGCCAGCGAACGCAGGGCCUCGAUAUCAGCGACACUUUGACUCUCGAUAAGCACUUUUGGGGAAGCAGCCGAACCCGCUCCGACAACUCUCUAGUCACCGACUCGGCUGCCGGCGCCACGGCCUUUUCCUGCGCCCAUAAGAGCUACAAUGGCGCCAUUUCGGUGCUUCCCGACCACACAGCAUGCGGCUCCGUCAUGGAAGCGGCGAAACGAGCAGGAUAUACCACCGGUCUGGUCGUUACUACUGAUAUUACGGAUGCUACACCCGCGUGCUUUGCCAGCCACGCCUUGCGUCGCGACAUGCAAGACCUCAUUGCCCUUCAAGAGAUUGGCGACAGUGUUCUUGGCCGUUCUGUGGAUCUCAUGCUUGGUGGUGGCCGCUGCCACUUUUUGCCCAACUCUACCGAGGGUGGCUGCCGUCUGGAUAACAUUGACGUGACGAAGCGUGCGCAAAAGAAGCAUGGCUGGAACUACAUCGAUAGCCGCAAGGGCUUUGACGCACUGAAGGGAGGGAACAAUGUCCAACUGCCUCUUCUUGGCCUCUUUGCCCCCAACGAUAUCCCCUUUGAGAUCGAUCGCCGCAACAUGAAUGACAUUUACCCCAGCUUGAGCGAAAUGGCUACUUCUGCUCUCCGCGCGCUGGAAAAGGCGACGUCGGAUUCCGAUCAGGGCUUCUUCCUUAUGAUUGAAGGCAGCCGCAUCGACCAUGCAGGCCAUUUCAACGACCCUGCUGCACAGGUGCACGAAGUUAUUGAAUACGACCAUACCUUCCAGGCUGUGCUGGACUUUAUUGCGCAAUCCGAGACGGAAACCGUUCUUGUGGCCACCAGCGACCACGAGACGGGCGGCUUGGCCACGGCGAUUCAGGAACCAGGCCAUCUUCCAGUCUAUGAUUGGUAUCCCCAGGUGCUCCAUCGCGCCAAUGCCUCUUGCGAGCUUCUCGCCGCCAAGCUCCAGCAGCACGUCGCUGCCAACUGGGGCGAAGAAGGUAGACUCAAGACGUGGAUCAACAAGAACCUCAUCAUUCCGGGACUUGGAUUCACUGACGCAACAGACUCUGAACUCACCUUGCUCGCACGCGAUACCGUCUCUGCGCGUGACACUCUUGCCGCCAUGAUUUCCCGCCGUGCCCACAUUGGUUGGAGCACGCACGGCCACACGGCGGUUGACGUCAACAUUUACAGCUCCGGAGGUCCCGGAACCGAUACCAUUCGCGGCAAUGUCGAAAACACAGACGUUGGCAAAUUCUUGCGAUCGUAUCUCGAUGUGGAUGUCGAGCCCAUUACCAAGGAGCUGCGCGAAAAGGGCCAGGACAUUGGUGCCGGACUCGCCGCCGUUAAGGUUGCCGGCAUUGCUGGUGGUCAAGGAUACCACGCUGCAGAGGAAGCGUAG